GCUUCACCGGUUUUGUUGGAAAACGUUGAAUACAAACUCGACGUACUGUCCAAACAGGUGCCAGCAGAUAAACCACUAGCUAACCAACAUAUGAAAGAUACUACUCAACUCGCUGCACAAUAUAUCGCAUCUAAAGCUACGGCGGAAAGCGGUUUAGGAGCCCAAGAACUAGCAGAACUGCAUAAAGCUGGAUUCAAUGAUGAAGCCAAAGCCGCAUCCACAACGAAGAGCUGCGCAAGAAAAGUUUGUGAAACUAGAAGGUGUAGACGGCAAAAUAUAUACACCUGGCGAUUUUCCACAUACUCCUGCUGGUGUAACAGUGGGCCCAGAUGGAAGAUUAUAUGGUCCUGAUGGCAAAUUGUAUUUCCCUACCGGUAACGUAAUUGGCCCUGAUGGCAAUAUUUACGGCCCUGAUGGCAAAUUAAUCGGCCCUGCCGAUAUGCCACAUACUCCUGCUGGUGUAACAGUGGGCCCAGAUGGAAAAUUAUAUGGUCCUGAUGGCAAAUUGUAUUUCCCUACCGGUAACGUAAUUGGCCCUGAUGGCAAAAUUUACGGCCCUGAUGGCAAAGUAAUCGGCCCUGGCGAUAUGCCACAUACUCCUGCUGGUGUAACAGUGGGCCCUGAUGGAAAAUUAUAUGGUCCUGAUGGCAAAUUGUACUUCCCUACUGGUAACGUAAUUGGCCCUGAUGGCAAGAUUUACGGCCCUGAUGGCAAAGUAAUCGGCCCUGGCGAUAUGCCACGUACUCCUGCUGGUGUAACAGUGGGCCCAGAUGGAAAAUUAUACGGUCCUGAUGGCAAAUUGUAUUUCCCUACUGGUAACGUAAUUGGCCCUGAUGGCAAUAUUUACGGCCCUGAUGGCAAAUUAAUCGGCCCUGCCGAUAUGCCACAUACUCCUGCUGGUGUAACAGUGGGCCCAGAUGGAAAAUUAUAUGGUCCUGAUGGCAAAUUGUAUUUCCCUACUGGUAACGUAAUUGGCCCUGAUGGCAAGAUUUACGGCCCUGAUGGCAAAGUAAUAGGCCCUGGCGAUAUGCCACAUACUCCUGCUGGUGUAACAGUGGGCCCAGAUGGAAAAUUAUAUGGUCCUGAUGGCAAAUUGUAUUUCCCUACUGGUAACGUAAUUGGCCCUGAUGGCAAGAUUUACGGCCCUGAUGGCAAAGUAAUAGGCCCUGGCGAUAUGCCACGUACUCCUGCUGGUGUAACAGUGGGCCCAGAUGGAAAAUUAUAUGGUCCUGAUGGCAAAUUGUAUUUCCCUACUGGUAACGUAAUUGGCCCUGAUGGCAAGAUUUACGGCCCUGAUGGCAAAGUAAUAGACCCAGGCGAUUUGCCACAUACUCCUGCUGGUGUAACAGUGGGCCCAGAUGGAAAAUUAUAUGGUCCUGAUGGUAAAUUGUAUUUCCCCACUGGUAUCGUAAUUGGCCCUGAUGGCAAGAUUUACGGCCCUGAUGGUAUGCUAUUAGGACCACCUGGUGAAACUGAGCAGCAACGACAACGACGCUUAGCUGAGGCAGAAGCACACAGAAAGUAUGAAGAAAAUGAAAGAAGGAGGCUGGGUGAUAAAGAGUACUUUAGACGACAAGAAGAAAGAUUGAGACGAGAAAUGGGAGGUGAUGGGUCAGGAAAAUAUCGAGGCGGAGCAUUGGGUGCUGAUUAUGACAAGGAACAUGAAUCGGCACUGGACAUUCUUCAUGAACAAUUACAAGCACAUGGACCCGAAUUAUUGUAUCAACAACCACAAACUGUUCUCACACAUGCUCAGGCUUCAGAAUGGCUUUCUUGUCCUGUGCCGGUAAAAGUGGAUAAGUUAGUGAAAGACGCUGGAGACACUGCACGCCUACAUAAAAAAAUCGAAAAGAAACUAAAUGCACUCGUCAUUGACGUCACACCACCAGACUUGAUUGACUGCAUGCAAGAUGUCGUCAUUGAGGGUGCUCGAAGGCUGUCUGAAUACUUUAUCUCGAAGAGUUACAACGCGCUUGUCAAAGAUACGCUUAUAUCAGAAAUGCAAAAGCGGGGCAACGAAAUACUUUCAGAAGUCGAUGGCGCUGCGGAAACAUAUUUCUUUGCAGCUCAAAGAUUAAAGAAAGCAGAUACAUUGGAGGUACGAGAACCUUGCUAUAGGGUCGCCAGUGAUAUCAAUAAGAAGUUGGACGACAUGAUCAAAGCUCGUCCUUUGCCACGGAAGCUGAAUCUGAUAAUGAAAGAUCACAACAAAGAUGCUUCCAACUUUUUAUCUGCAAUGGUUACGAAGCCCGAUGACGCAAUCGAGGCAUACGUCGCAUUGUUAGAUGAAAUGGAAGCGGUAGGAGAUUCCAAUCUAGUAGAAGGAGCUAAUCCUAAAACACAUAAAGAGGCUGCCGACUAUCUUCGGCAGCUGACGUCUACUACAGAUAAGAUUAAUCGUCCCAACCCUUCUAUGCAAACAGAAAUUCAGAACAAUCUCAAAAAACUACUGGACCAUGUUCCACCUAGUGGUUAUAGCCCAGUGGUUAUGAACUGCGUUAUUGCAGAAACAGCAGGUCUUUUGACUUCAUACAUAAUGCUCCAUGGAGCAAAAACAGCAGCAUUAAAAGAUCUUGUGCUAGACAUGAAACAGGCAGGCGAUAGUGCACUGUUGAGACAUGGACCUGUUCGCAAAUCUUUCAAAGAGGGCGCUGAAUUAUUGCGAGGAAAGAAAAUAGAUGAACUGGUCGUUUCUAAUCCAGACCCUGUGGUCGCAAGAAAAAUUCAAAUAAAACUAGGCAAUUUGAUGGAAAUCGGUUGUGGAUGUAUUGUGGAUGAUAUGAAAGAUGUCAUCGAAGAGGCAACGAUGUACCUGGCUGUACAUCUCCUCGAACCUCAGGUGAUCCAGGUGUGCAAGUGUUACAAGAACGUGUUCGUGCAGUGCGAGCUGGGGUGUGAAGAGAUACUGCGGCGCGUGGGGCGGCCGGGCUGCACCUGCCCGCGACACGUGUCGGUGCAGGCGUUGCAGGACCUCGUACCCGGGGAGAUCCUGCUCGCUACAUCAGACGGCUCCCGCAUCUUCGCACCUGGCGUGGAUAUAACCAUCCACCCUUGCCCAAGAAUGGCUAAACACAAACGAGAUGACAGCCCCGCGGCCCCCAGACCAUGUCCGACUGUUUCCCCUUCUUCUGGCUGCCAGAGCCGAACUCCAACUACUUCCUACGCCAUGUAUUCCACUUCACAGAAACGAUUUGGUUAUGAUUCCCUGCAGGCAUCAGCGGGCUCUAGUAAUUCACUACCUCUAACACAAAUGUCCUUCAGUCCGUUGCAACUUUCGGGAAGAUCCUCUCCGGUAAAGUCUCUCUUGCAAGAUAUUCACUCCAGCAAUGUAAACUUCUAUCAACAACAACAAGAACAAAUGCAGACGUACGAAGCUGAAAGUCAGAACCGACUACGCAGCGACCCGUCAGUUUCAUACUUCUCUUCAGCUAGCAACUACAAUUUCGGAGAAUCACCCAGAUCAGAAUCGCCAGUGGACACUUGUCUCUCUCCGGAGUAUCCUUCCCCGAUGAUUAGCAACUUUCAUAUAUCCGACACGUCUAAAAUUACACAAGCUAAGAGUACAUACAGCUCAAGAACUCCAAUAAUAUCGACUGAUCAGAUGGCUGACUGGCAUGCCAUGAUGGUCAGUCUGAUGUGGAACAUGCAAGCAUGGCGGGAUUGGAUACAGGAGAUAUUUGAACAUGCCUUAUCUUACCACAAUACUCCGAGCACACGAGAUACUUGGUCAUCAUUUCAAAGAAGGAUCACGACUGAAGCUCUCCAAUGGCGUCAGUAUAGUAUGUUCUGUCACCAACUUACGACGCGUCUUCACAUACGGUACAAGGAUAGAGAAUUUGUGUCUCCAACGCGCACCACAGUCCAAACAAAAACUUAUAUAGCUUGUCAAGAGGAAAUGUUAAAAAUUAUCGAAAUGUUCAACAAAUGGACAAAAUGGCUGACUUUGGUUGUAAAAGAAACCAAUACAUUGCAAGAAAUGUCUGGAGCAGAUGUCCCUUUACACCAAACACGCUGGACGCACUUGAAGAUAAAGCUAGAAGGUUAUGCUAAAGAUUGGUCUAAAUACAAUAUGUUUCUGAAGGGAUCUUGGGAGAAAAAGUACAGCUCUGUCAUUGAAGACUACUUGCCAGAAUGGAAGAAAUCAGAAGCAGUGUGGGUGGUGAGCGCUUGUGGUGCAGUACCCAGUGGUGCAGUCGCUGCGGGCGUGUUUGACGGAGAAGUCACCUGGGUCGCCAGGACCACGCACAAGUGUAAGGUGCUUCCAGCAGCUCUGUAUCCUUCAAAACAUUGCUGCUUGGUAUAUGCUGAUGGCAUAGUACACAAGUACACAAAAUAUCAGGUAAUGUGCAACGCGGAAGUGCGUUGGGUGGCAUGGCGCGGUGGUUCAGUGGGUGCACGGGCAGUUGAAGUGGCACCAGGAGUGUAUGUAGGGAGAGUGCAACACCGUGGUAACCACCUCUUGGGGGCCGUGCAUGCUCCACACUAUCGCUGCCACGUCGUCUUCUUCGGGAGGCCCUUCGCCUUUAACAACUACGAACUCCUCAUGCUAGUAGGACGAAGCGUAGAAGAAACACUCCCAUGAAGUAGUAGACCAAGUACAGCAAGUAAGUGACAGGUUACGGACUUUAGAAUUAGAAUACGGAAAAGAUUCCGUUCUUUUUUUAUCACAUUUUUAUGAAAUUUCUUUGUAAAUAAUAGACAAAACUGUCGCCGAUUGCUGUGCGAAGGUUAAAGGUUUUCAAGGAUAUGAAGUGACGUUAUAAUUCUUGGGAUCAAUGUUCUGUCUAAUCGAAAAGUAGUGGU